AAAAAAGAAGCUGUUAAGGAGCUUCUAGCUCAAGGAAAACGCGAUUUCAAGGCAGGGGAUUAUGAAGCGGCGGCUGAUAAACUCAGCACCUGUGCCAACUAUUCAGCUGAAGUCUACGGCGUGUUCGCCAGUGAGUCGUUCGAUCCUCAUUAUUACUAUGGACAGUGCCUCAUCGAAUUGGGCCGCAUCGAGGCUGAUGUGUUGAAAAACGCAAUGACCGAUAUGCCUGAAGCAGACGAAGAUGAGGAAGAGACCGAAGAAGCAGAGAACGGCGUCGAGGAAAAUGAACAAGAUAAGGAUGAAACCAUUGGUGAUCCCGAUAAGCUUACUGAAAGUGAGCGUGAAGAGAUAAGAGAGCAAGUGGAAGAGGCUCUCGCAGAAAAUGCAGAGGAGUUGGACAAGGCUGAAACUGCUGCCAGUGGUGAUAGUGAGGUGAAAGACGACAAGGUGGCAGAGAGCUCUGAAAAAGAGGCGCUUGAAGAAGAUAGCAUACCUGAAUCUGAGGACAGCGCUGACGUUGUUGAUGAGCCAACAGCCCCUGACUCUACAGUGUCGACAGGGGAGGUUCCGGCGGUCCCUGUAGAUGCCGAAAUGCCUGCUGUGUCUGACGCUACUGAAUCCGCUGCCGUAGAACCAGCCGUACCCGAUGCUACCGAAUCCGCCACAGAGCCUGCCUCGACUGAUGAAAAAACUGAUGCAGUUGAGAUGAACGAAGCAGGUGAUGCCGAAGCAGUGCCGAUUGUUUCAGAACCUGACGCUGAAGCAAAGGAUGACACAGAGGAGGAGCCUAGCAAUUUCCAAGCUGCCUGGGAAGUUCUGGAGGUAGCCCGAAACAUCUGCGAUAAGCAAGAGCCUACAAAAGAGUGGGAGUUGCGAAAGGCGGACGUCCUGUUUUCUCUCGCAGAGUGUUCGAUAGAAGAGGAAAACUACAAGCAGGCAUUGGACGAUUUAACGAGUGCGCUUCAAAUACAACUACAUCACUUGCCACCUGGUGAUCGUGUUACUGCUCAAACAUAUGUCACUUUUGCUCGCGUAUACAAACUGGACAAGGAGUUCACGCUAGCAGCUGAACAUUAUCAAAAGGCCAAAGAGUGCCUCAGCCUUCGCAUAGAAGGCUAUACAAGAGAUGAACGAUCAAGAAGGAAAAGGAGAAACGCAGAGCGGGAGAAGCGACUCACUGACCUCAAGGGUCUCAUUCCUGAUAUCGAGCUAAAAAUUCAGGACGCCGAUGAGAGUGCCUCUACACUAGAAAAGGCCAAAGAGGAGCUGAAGUCUGCCUUCUCAGCUACACUGCCCAAGUUGGCACCAGUUGCUGAUGACACUCCAGUUAAUGAUAUUUCAAACAUGGUCCGUAAACCAACGAAAAGAACCGCUGAUGCAGUAGCUGAGGUGGAAUCGGAAGCUGAAGCAGCAGUGAAGAGGCCGAAAGCAGAUGCAGAAGAUGCGUCUGUUACAGAUACCGCCACAGUUUGA